AUGCGCACUUCAAGCGCCACCACACGGUCUACCACUACGACUGCCGUACAGUCCACCAUUACGAAGGCUGUCUUUGCGCACUACAUGGUCGGCUCCAUGACUUCGGCCGAGGCUGUGACUGACGUUCAAGAUGCAAUGAAUGCCGGAUUUGAUGGAUUUGCUCUAAACACCCACACUAUCAGUUCUUCUGAUACAUGGAAUACCGAUGCACUGAACUACCUCUUCGCCGCCGCAGCAGGGACCAACUUCAAGCUAUUUAUAUCAUUUGAUAUGAGUUGGGGCUUGGAUGUUACACAGCUUGCGGCUUUCAUGGCGCCCUAUGCUACUCAAGACGCAUACUACACAGUCAAUGGGCAGGCCUUUGUAAGUACCUAUACCGGCGGUACUAUUUCCAAUUCCGCUUGGAAUUCGGGAUUCCUUGAGCCUCUUAAAUCAACCUAUGGUAUCACCCCAUUCUUCGUUCCCGAUUUUGAUGAUUUUUCUGGUUACCCGACCGGUGUUUUCAGUGCUUAUCCUAUUCUGAACGGUGUCUACAGCUGGGAGUCGGCAUGGCCAUCUCCUGGAAACACCCCAGCUAAUGUCAGUGAGAGCGUGGAUGCGGCUGCCUUGCAGGAGGCACAUGCCGCUGGCAAGGUUUACAUGAUGCCCGUAUCGCCUUUGCAGUUCAAAUAUAUGGGCAGUGGCCAAGACUGGUACCGUAUUGGGGAGGUCAACCUACCCGAGCGCAUGGGCCAGGUUUUGCAGCUACAGCCGGAUUUUGUUGAAGUCAUCACCUGGAAUGAUGCGGGAGAGAGCCACUACGUUGGUGACUUCUGGCAGGAACAGAUUGCCGGCAGCAAUAUUGGCGAUUAUGCCGACGGUUUCGAUCACAAGGGAUGGUUGCAGAUUAUCACGCCUUUUAUCAAGGCUUACAAGGCUGGUGCAACAAGUACUUCCCAGAUCUCGCCACCUAACACCAGCCCCGUUGGAGCCCUCUGGUAUCGCACUGUCUUGACUAGUGCUAGCUGCUCCUCGUCCAUUUCCAACUAUAGGUCGGCACUUGAUACAAUGAAUUUUGCUGUGAUUCUUCCUUCUGCUGGCUACACAAUCAAUGUUUAUAGCAACGGAAAGAUGAUUGGCACAUUUGCUGGUCAGAAAGGUUUGAAUUACAAUAGUGUUAUAGGCCUUGCAGUUGGUAGUGGACAGAUGAUCGAAGUGCUAGAUAAUUCGAAUGCGGUUGUUGCUUCGGCUACGGGAACUAAGAGUGUUCUGGCUCAAAGUUCGAACGCUAUUUGCAAUUGGAACUAUGAAGUUGUGGGAUUGUCCUGA